UGGUCGUAUUGCUGAUCAAAAUCUUUCUCCCCGUCGGUGAGCCCCAGCAUGAGCGCCCCGGCCCCGGCGGCCACCCUCCGCCACUGGACCCGCCUGAUCCAGCUCGCCGCCGCGUCCGGGUCCUACACUCUCUGCCUCCGGCACUACGCCUCGCUCCUCGCCGCGGGGCUGCGCGGCGGUGACGCCUCCACCUUCCCUUCCCUCGCCAAGUCCUGCGCCGCGCUCCGCCUCCCGCGCCUCGGCCGCUCCAUCCACGCGCACGCCCUCCUCUCCGGCGCCGCCGGCGACGUCUUCGUCCGCACCUCGCUGCUCGACUUCUACGCCAAGUGCGCGUCCCUCCCCGACGCGCGCCGCCUGUUCGACGAAAUGCCCACCAGCAGCCGGACCCUCGUGUCCUGGAACUGCAUGGUCACCGCGUACAGCAAGGCCUCUCGUCUCGACGAGGCCGUCGCCAUGUUCAACGCGAUGCGGGGCCUAGGGGUGAGCCCCGGCGGGGGCACGCUCGUCGGCGUGCUGUCUGGGUGCUCUGACUCCAUGGCCACGAGAAAUAUUGGCUUGCCCGUGUAUGGAUAUAGCCUCAAAUCUGGCCUUGACGAGGAUUUGCCGGUCUGCAACUCGGUGCUCACUAUGCUUGUCCGUGAUGACCAGCUGCAUGCUGCGUCCUUGUUGUUUGACUCUAUGCACAACAAGUCUGUAGUUUCUUGGAGCGCAAUGGCAUCAGGACUCUUGCAGACGGGCGACUUUAACAAAGUGUUUGCUUUGCUCAACCGUAUGCUGGGUGCUGGGUACAGAUUCGAUUCGGUCGCCCUUCUUAAUCUUGUCUCAUCCACUGUUCUGCUAGGGAACCUGUUAGUGGCCAAGGGUGUGCAUGCUCUUCUGAUCAAGAGUGGUUUUGAGUCCGAGCAAGAUCUUGUGUCAUCAUUGGUUAACUUGUAUGCCAAGUGUGGGGAUCUUGAGGCUGCUCAGGAGGUCUUCGAUGCGGUUCACUAUAAGAAUGUGGUGCUGUGGACUUCGAUGAUAAAUGGAUAUGUUGAAGGUGGCCGUCCGGACAAGGCGUUGACAAUGUUCGACAGCAUGUUGCGCACAGAUGUACAGCCGAAUGAGGCAACAGUUUCAUCUGUUCUUUCCGCCUGUGCUGAUUUGGGGUCUGCUAAGCAGGCGAGGAAGGUUGAGGAGCAUGUGGUAGCAAUCGGACUGCAGUCACACCUGCGAGUCGCUACCGGACUGAUAGACACGUACUGCAAAUGUGGGAGCGUUGAGCUGGCUAGGAAAAUAUUUGAUGUGGUUGCCAUUACCAGUAGAGACUUACCCAUCUGGAGUGCCAUGAUUAAUGGAUAUGCUUGCAACGGAGAAGGCAGUGAAGCUCUCGUCCUUUUCAGCGAGAUGCAAAAGGAAGGUGUUCAACCAGAUGCCAUUGUCUUUACCCAUCUGUUAACAGCAUGCAAUUAUUCUGGUUUAAUAGAUGAAGGCCUUCGAUGUUUUCGCAACAUGACAGAGGAAUAUGGUAUUGAACCAUCUAUUGAGCACUAUAUGUGCAUAACUGAUUUGCUAUGUAAGUCUGGUCAAAUUAGUAUCGCUAAGGAGUUCUUUAAGAAGAUCCCUGUUCAGUUACAGAAUCAGGUUUUGGCUCCUAUAGUAAGUGCAUGCAGUUCUCAUUGUGCCGAUUCUUCGAUUGAUUCAGUAUCAGAGGAAUUACUUAACCUGGACCCUCAAGAUUCUGGUCACUGUGUCUUAAUGUCUAAUAUGCUCAGUUGUUUGGGGAAUUGGAAGAAGGCGACAACCUAUAGGAUGCUACUAAGCAAGAAAGGUUUAGUCAAGGAACCUGGAAGGAGUUGUAUUGAACUGAGUGCCUAACCAUGCUGUGAACACUUGAUUCACAUACUUUUCGAUCCUAACAGGUGUCAUUUGCUCUUUCAAGGUGAACAGUUGGCACUCUCUGACCAAGCUUGAUUAUGAUGGAAAAUAAUUUCAUGAUCUCAACUUUGUUCUGUAUUGUGGAGACUAUAUACUUGCAGUCAAUAUGAUUAAAUAUGAUGUUUGGAGGUACUUUGGGUCCAGUUCACUGAUUUGGAGUAACAAGAAAUGUAACAUCAAGCCAGGAAAUAUUGCGUUGAGGGCUUGAGGCAGCUUCCCAGCCAGUGGCGGAGCCAGACCACCUAUGGAACCCGAAUGGCGAACAAGCCUAAACUGUUCAUCUCUAGCCCCUGUUAUCGCACUGUUGCUUAUUACAUGUUCACCAGACGAACCUGGGCUAGAGGGGGCAACCACAACCUAAAUUUUGGACAUCUAUAUCUACUCCUAUAAAAGAGCGAGUUGGUGGUGAUGGUGUGCCUGCCUUCGUACCGUAUACAUCGUCGAAUCUAGAAUCUAUGGCUGUGAGUUGCCCACGAGCCACUUAAACACCCCGCACAUGAGAUGUAUUCUGGAGAAGUUGUCCGAAACACAUGCGGCGCUGACGAGUAAUCUUUUUCUCUCGCGAAAGAAACCGAACCAUCGAGAACCCCCUCCCAAAUUCUUCGCCGUCAGCCCCUCCCCUCACUUUCCCGGUGGCUGCCGGAGUUGAUUUGAUUGGGGGCACCUCCGCUUAAUAAAUUGGAUUUCCUUCAAGCUUGCCUGGGUUUCUCCCCAUCUAGAUCUGGCCGUGUAGGCCGUUGGAGACGGAGACGAUAGCCGUGCUGCCCAUGGAGGCUACCAGUGGCAGAACAACCAUGAGCCGGACUGGGUGUUGCAGGCACGCGGAAUUUUGCCGGUGGCGAGCUAAUCGUUCCUGGCGGCCCUGGUGCCAACUACCUCGAACCACUAUGUCCGUUCCCAACAAUGCUCAUCCCUCUGUUUUAGUAUGGCAUGAUUUGGGGCAAGGUAAGAAGAGCAACAUGAUCAAGAUGGCUAAAUGCAUUCUUAAGUAGAGACAUUCCAAGUCCAACACUCAAAGAAUAAAGAUAAGCUUUUCUUCUUUGCUGUAUCAGGAUCAGAGGCAUCAAGUAGUAUGCUCUACUCUAUUAGUUUGUUAGCUUCGUAAUUCGCUUCAGUUUGUUCAGGGGAUUUACCAGUUCAGUUAAUUAGAUGGCAUAGCGCUCAUUUUUCUGCUUACAGGGAGUUAUGUGUUUAGUGUAAACAGUGGGACUCAUUUUUGGAUUAGAUGUAUGCUUUUCUGAAAGAUAGCAUUUGGGUGGAUGAACACAUGGUUAGGGAAUCUUACGAGGUGGUGUUUUUUCAGUUCUUUAUUUCUUUACAGUAGGAAAGGGGAAGGGAGAAGAGAGGCUGGUCCAUGAAGUUGUAUUUCAGUUCAGAGCAUACUAUACCUUUAGUUGCAGAUCAUUGAAGAGUACCACUGUAACCAACGUCACAAACUCUGCAACCUUUCAGUUGUAGAAGAAGGCAGGAGAGGGACUGGAUUAAUCUUCCUCCCUGUGAUCAGAAGAAACAAAUCUUUAUGGCGUUGAUAGAAGGAGUUCGCCUUAAUAAAGAGGCUACUGGACUUUGUUAAACAACCUUCCUUUCUUGAUUUAUCCAAGAACAGGAGAGGGCGUUAAAACCAACAAUUUGUCUGAAAGGUUGUACAUGACUGACUACAAUAUGGUUAAGUUUUAUAAGUUUAUGGUUGUGAGAAAAUGUAUAUAUGGUCUAAUUUUCUCAUUCAUGUACAAUACUGUUAGAAUUUCUGGUCCACAAAUCCCCCUCUAUUAAUUACCCUUUUGUUCAUUUUGUUCA